AUGACCGACGACGAGACAUCCAACCUCUUUGGGUUCGAAGAUCCCAACCUUGGCCUACUCGACGAUGGCUCUACGUCGGGUGACAUCAAGACCGACCCCUCCUCCACCACGCCUGACGAUGGCCAAUUCGACUCGACAGGCUGGGGGUUUCCCGACCAAAUCCCCUUCACCUUCGACACCACCAGCACGGCGCCAGCGGUAGCAACAAGCUAUUCCACCUCGGUCUGGGACUCGCCGCCCUUCGGUAUGCAGACGUCGCCCUCGCUCGGAUUCGACGACUUGUCACCGACAGCCACGGUCCCGUCGACGCGCAAUCCCAGUGCGGGCUAUUUGUUUGGGGGCCCCAUACUUCAGAGCCAGCAGGCGCAACGGCCGACGACCAGAGCGAAGCCCUCACAGACAAACGCCUUCCUCGGAGCCAAUGGCAGGCCGCAACAGCAGUUCCCAAUGCUCACGCCCGCCGCGCAGGAGCAGCUCCGCAACAUCGCCAUGCCGCCUCACUUGCAGUACAACUCCCCGGGCAGCACCUCGAGUCCCGAAUCGCUGGACAAGUCUGCCCUGGGGAGGAGCAAGCCGGGCAAGCCCAGUACCAAGAAGCGCAAAGUGUCCGAGCCCGAAGACGACGAAGACGACCUCGAGGACGACGAGGGGAAACCCGUCAAGAAGACAUCCCACAACAUGAUCGAAAAGCGUUAUCGAAACAACCUAAAUGACAAGAUUGCAGCUCUGAGGGACGCGGUCCCGAGUCUGAGGAUCAUGAGCAAAAGCGCACGAGGCGAGGAUACGACAGAGGAUAGACAGGAGCUGCAUGGGUUGACACCGGCACACAAGCUGAACAAAGCAACAGUUCUGAGCAAGGCGACCGAGUACAUACGGCACCUUGAGAAACGCCACAGCCGACUGCAAGAAGAGAACAGCACAAUGCGCGCGAGGAUAGCAGCGUUUGAGAAGCUGUUCAUGGCGGGAGCGAUGAACGGGUCGAUCGCAUCCUUUGAGCAACCACCGACCCCCAUGCAGUACGCACAAUGCGAAAUGCCCGCAGACCUUUCAGAGUCAGCGCCUAAUGCCAGCCCAGGCAGCAACGGCCCACCAGCGGGAUUAAUCCAGGUCCCGGAAGAUAUGAAGCGCAUCAUUGCCACGCAGAUGGGCUCAGGACAAGCCUACCCUAUUGACGAACAGCCGUUUCGCGGCCCGACGGUCGUCUCCCAACAGCAGCUGCAGCAGCAGCAGCAACAAGAGCAGGGCUGGGGGAACCCGGCUCCGUACUUUGGAAAGCUCAUGGUUGGCUCGUUGGCGGGUCUGAUGAUCAUGGAGGCUGUGAGGGAGGAGGAAACGAGCAACGAGAGCCCCGAGGGGCGAGGACUAUUCGCUCUGCCCCUACACCUGGUCGGCCGCCUCUUGUCAAGUUUUGACUUCAACGUUAUGGGCUACCACUUUCACACUUCGCUCAAGCUUCUCCUCUUGUUAGGCACCGUCAUGUGGGUGUUCAUCCCCACGCUGUUCGCCCCGACCGAGGAGAAGCCCAAGAAGCCCCAAUUCUCGAGUCUGCAGGCAUCUCCAUCGCUAGCCUCGUCGAUCCACGUCCGUCGGCAAGCGUGGCUCACUGCCGUACAGUCCGUUUGGAUCCCCCGACACAGCAUCUUGCUUGAGGCUCUGGCGCUGCUACUCAAAGCGGCCAAACUCAGUGCGCUGAACCUCAUCGGCUCCUCCGGAUACCAGCUUCUCAGCGGCACGACGCGCGAUCAAGAGGCAGCGCGCGCCAGGGCAUGGUCCAUUGCCCUGGAUGCGCAGCUAUCAGGCGGUGACGUGGAGAUCAACAAGAGCCGGCUGCUGAUCACACUGCUCGCCUCUGGCACCUUGCCCGACACGCCAGCUCGGCUCAUGCUGAAGGCCCUGCACAUACGCGUGCUCCUUUGGGACUUUAGCCAGCACAAGUGGAGACUGGGCGCGAGCAACGCGAUUGCAGCUGGCCUGGCGAGGUCAAGGUGGAACGAGGCUCGCCACCUGAACCGAGUCCUCGUCGAGACCCACCAAGACGGCGUUGUCCCGUACGACGAUGAGCUGCCUAGCCACUUAGCGUGCCUGGUCGAGCAAGAGUGCGACGAGGUGCUGAACCAUGAGCUGAUCCAGCGUGCGCACAACCUGGCCUUCAACAAAGAGACCAAGCAUGGCGUCGAGAAUCCCAUUGAUGGGAUGGACUGCGUUGUGGGCGACACCGCCAUUGGCUCGCCGAUGGAUGCCGUCUCGGCUUGGUUCUCCAUCCAGGUCCUACACGAGGCCCUGGCCGCCACCCUGAGCCGGGGCGAGGACGGGCCUUCUGCACGCGAUGCGAGGAUGGAACUGGCCGUGCAUACGGCUCCCGUCGGUUCAGUGGCGCAAGCGCGCGCCAUUGUGGCCCGCGCAGCUCUACCAGACCAGCACCGCGGUUCCAACAUCGCCCUAGCCAUCCAGACGGUCGGAGUCGAGAAGAAGAACACGCAGGGCCUGCCCACGCAAGGCGCCAUUGUGGAUGCCAACCCAUCCGCGGCCAGUGUUGACAUCCGCCUCGCACUGCGCUGUGCCACAGCCGUCGCUCACCUCCGCCGCUGCGAGACGCGGGAAUCCGACCUGCAGACGCUCGAUAUCAUCGAGUCGAUCAGCAUACCGAAGGAUGGCAUGUCGCUCCUGGGCUUCACGGCCGUCAUGGACAUGGUCGAGAAGACGCUUGAGCACAAGCAUGCGGCCGAGAUGUACGCAUCAACGCUCGAGCGCCUGGCAGGUGGACUGCGUCUCUGGAUUGGCGGUGCCGUAGCCGACGCAUGUGGAUUGGGCCCGACAAUCCGCCACAAUGUGGCCGAGCGAUGCCUCAGCAUCACAAAGAGCCUCGUGGGGAUGGACGACGGGGACACGGGCUACGGAACGCUCAGCGAGGGGGAAGGUUGA